GCUCGAGCCGUGCUCUCCGUUGAGUUGCACGCGGAGGAGAUCCUCUCAGUAAGUUUGGACCUGAAAUACCGUACCGUGACUCCGGCGAAAGGUGAAUUUAGUCGGACUUUUUUUCGAAAGGGGGGAAUUUUUUGGAGGACGAUAGAAGUGUUUAUUUUCCCAGAACAGAAGAGCAAGUGAGUGGCGGCUGCCCGUGAGCCCUGUUGUCCCGGGGGAGCCUUUUUGUUUGGGGUCAGCCCGGCUGGACUGGCGCGGUUUCUUCAGUUUGGAGACUAAUUGAAAAAUAUUCUCAAAUUCUUUGUGCCUGACGUGUUUGAGAGUGCUGGGAUAAGCUGUGAUGUGGAGGGUAUUUAACUGCGGCGAGGCGCCAGACGGAGACAGCGAAAGCUAAGCUCAUCUUCCCACAGACCAACCAACCAACGGUGGGCACCGACCACAGCCUCGACCACAAAACACAGUCCUGUCUCCUCUCUCAUAAUUCCCCACUUUUUCCUCCCGUCAUUCUCCCUCUUGCCUCUACAUGUGAUUUCUUUAAUCUCAUUCCUAUUUCUCCCUCCUGAUCUACCUCUUCACAUCCUCCUCCUCCCCUCCCUCCCUCCUCCCCUCCCUCUCUGCUUCUCUGGCAGGCUGCUCAUUGCAGUGAGUCAGUAUCAUGGAGGCAGGCAGCGGGGCUGCCGCAGCGGUGGGGAGUGCAGCACUAGGACUGCUGGGAGCCACAGCCACGUCCAGCCAUGACAUCUUGGACAGGGGCCUGAGGCCUGGACGUCACCUGGAAGACGACGAUAUUGUGCCUGAACUGGCUAACAUCCAUCCAAGAGAGAGACCUGACUGGGAGGAGACCAUCAGUGCCAUGGCGAGGAGCGCAGAGAUCCCUGAGCUGAGGACGGAGCCCCUCAUGCGCUCAUGCAGCAGCAGCACGGCCAGCAUGAAGGUCAAGAAUGUCAAAAAACUUAGCUUCACCAAGGGCCACUUCCCGAAACUGGCAGAGUGUGCUCACUUCCACUACGAAAAUGUAGACUUUGGCACAAUUCAGUUGUCCCUUGGGGAUGAACAGUGUGAAGUGACGCGGAAUGGCUGUGAGUCGAAGGAGCUGGUGUACUUAGUUCAUAUUUACUGCCAGGGUCGAAGUUGGAUUGUGAAGCGCAGCUAUGAAGAUUUUCGUGUCCUGGACAAACACCUCCACCUCUGCAUCUAUGACCGACGCUUCUCACAGCUGCCUGAGCUGCCUCGAUUGGAUAGUCUGACUGACCAAUCAGAGUCAGUUUCCCAGAUGUUGUUGGCUUACCUCUCCCGGCUCUCAGCCAUCGCUGACAACAAGAUCAACUGUGGGCCCGCCCUCACAUGGAUGGAGGUUGACAAUAAGGGAAAUCAUCUGUUGGUUCAUGAAGAGUCGUCCAUCAACGUGCCAGCUAUUGCUGCUGCCCACGUCAUCAAGCGCUACAUCGCCCAGGCUUCAGACGAGCUGUCCUUCGAGGUUGGUGACAUUGUGUCAGUGAUUGACAUGCCCCCUAAGGAAGACACCACAUGGUGGAGGGGCAAGCACGGCUUUCAGGUUGGCUUCUUUCCCAGUGAGUGUGUGGAGCUCAUAAAUGAUAAAGUGCCGCAGUCCAUGACCAACACGGUGCCAAAACCAGCCUCCCCCUGCUCUGGCCUGCAGCCUGCUUCUUGGAGUCUCUUCCCUCCCUACUUGGAGAUGGAGAAUGUAAUACAGGACAGUGCAUGGGUGGCCGACCCGCUAAACCACUACAGCCUAAGUUCAGUGUCUAAAAAGCACGGGAAGCUGAUCACCUUCUUGCGCUCCUUCAUGAAGUCCAGGCCGACCAAGCAGAAGCUGAAGCAGAGAGGCAUCCUCCGGGAGAGGGUGUUCGGCUGCGACCUGGGAGAACACCUCCUCAACUCUGGACAUGACGUGCCCCAGGUCCUCAAGAGCUGCACAGAGUUCAUCGAGAAGCACGGUGUGGUGGACGGCAUCUACCGCCUCUCUGGAAUCGCCUCAAAUAUCCAGAAACUGCGGCACGAGUUUGAUUCUGAGCAGAUCCCCGACCUGACCAAAGAUGUUUACAUCCAGGACAUCCACUGUGUUGGCUCGCUGUGUAAGCUCUACUUCAGAGAGCUGCCCAACCCCCUGCUCACCUACCAGCUCUACGAGAAAUUCUCUGAUGCUGUAUCAGCAGCAACAGACGAAGAACGACUCAUCAAAAUCCAUGAUGUCAUUCAGCAGCUUCCUCCACCGCAUUACAGGACCCUGGAGUUCCUCAUGAGACACCUUUCCCGUCUGGCAGCGUUCAGCUACAUCACCAACAUGCACAGCAAGAACUUGGCCAUCGUCUGGGCGCCCAACUUGCUGAGGUCGAAACAGAUUGAAUCUGCGUGCUUCAGCGGCACAGCAGCCUUCAUGGAAGUGCGAAUCCAGUCGGUGGUGGUCGAGUUCAUCCUCAACCAUGUGGAUGUUCUCUUCAGCACUAAACUCAGCUCACUUAUACGGGAGGGAGCAGGACACAACUCGUUGUCACGGCCGAAAUCCCUGCUGGUUUCAUCACCGUCAACUAAGCUUCUGAGUCUGGAGGAGGCCCAGGCCAGGACCCAGGCUCAGAUUAACUCUCCAGUCACUGAAGACAGCAAGUACAUCGAGGUGGGCGAGGGUCCGGCUGCGCUGCAGGGAAAGUUCCACACUGUCAUCGAGUUUCCAACUGAGAGGAAGAGGCCUCCUAUUAAAUCCAAGAAGUCUCCUGUGGGUAGCUGGCGUUCUUUCUUCAACCUUGGCAAGUCUUCCUCCAUGUCCAAGCGCAAGCUGCAUCGUAAUCCCAGUGAACCCAAUGAACUAAAGGCCAUGGCUCUCGCUGGAGGCCGAGGAGACACAGCAACAUUAAGAUCAGCCAAAAGUGAAGAGUCACUCAGUUCCCUGCACAAUGUUGAAGGAGAGUCCAAGGUGUACCGUCCUCGGCGGCCACGCUCCAGCAGUGACGCCCUGUCAGCCUCUUUUAAUGGUGAGCUGCUGGACAGCCGGCAACACUGCAACUCCUAUGACAACCUUGGCGCCACAGAGGACAGCGAUGGAGACGACGGGCCCAUCUGUGUACCUGCCCUCAUCUCACCUCCCCGCUCAGCAGGUGAAGACGUGGACCUCAGUCCGCCGGACAUUGGCAUGGCCUCCUUGGACUUUGACCCCAUGUCUUUCCAGUGCAGUCUCCCCGAUACCUCUUACGCCUUUCCCCUAGACGACUCACCCGCCGGGGCCGAGGGCUCCACGUUAAAGAGGAGCCCCGGCAGCAUCUGUGGCAAGACCAACGGCUCUCACCUCAUCUCCGCUGCCUACCUGGGCAGCUUGAUGUCCCCCUUGUUGUCCACAGACUUCAGCCUGGCUGCUGGAGAGAAGAUGGAGAGCAAGAAACUGACCACUUCCCAUUCUUACACUGAUAAACCCACGCAGGCUGUGUCACCUAUUAAAUGUGGAAAAACCACUAGUUUGACACCAUUUGCAACUUCAGAGCUUUUCUCUACAGAGACGCCUGACAAGAACACAGCUGGACAGGUUGUCUCUCCACAGCCAUUAUCUCCUCCUUCAGUAGCCAAGGACUCUCCACCCCUGAUGGGCAGUGUGCUGCUGAGGGCGGCUGAGCCUUCGCUAAGUGAAGCUUUCCAAAUGGAGCUGCACUCUAAGCUGGCAGCCUUUGACAGUGCCGACAGUCGAGAGCUGAGAGGAGAGGACAGCGUACAGCAGGCACCAGCUGCCAGCAGCCAAGAACACCAAGGAGUCGUACCUUCGGACUGUUCAAAGGACCUCGCCCCUCGUUCCCUCAGCUCUUCAGCUCCCACAACUGCCCCUCCUCCUCCCCCUCCUAAAAAUGCUGCCCGCAUGUUGGCCCUGGCCCUGGCUGAGUCCGCCCAGCAGGUCUCCAUUCAGUCUCAGUCCAGAUCCUCUGAGCCUCCCACACCGGUGUCCCCUCUGCAGCCACAGGAGGCCUCCAACUUCCAGGACUCACCACAUCCACCAUUCCCACAUUUCCAGACAUCCUCAGAGGACGCAGCAGGGAGAGGAAGUUCCCCACCACCAAACAGCACUGCUCCAGAAGUUACCCCAGCCUCAUCUUAUACCUCUGCUACCAGUCCCACAGUCAAACCGCAGCCUCUAGAGUUAACCAGCAGCACUACCAAACCAUCAGACAGCACCAAGACCACUACAACUCCAUCUGGACUGCAGCCAGAACCAGACUCCUCCCCACCAGACACUCCGUUUUACAAGUGUGCCCCGCUCCCCAGUGUAACCAGCCAGACUUCUCCAACAAGGAAAAGUCCAGAAAGGCAACAGUCUGUGACAGGACAGGUCCCAGUCCGCACCAGCUCAUCUGCCAGCACUCCAGCACCCUUUCCCAGUAACAGCUGCAAAGAUACUGGAGUCUCACCACGGCCUGCUCCUGAGGUCAAACCAGAGGAGACUGCACCGCCCCUAAUCCUUCCAAAACCAUCAGAACAGCCUCCUCCACCAAUUCAGAAGCCCAAGCGGCAGGCUGUCUCACUGCCCCAGCACCAAACACAAACUCAGCAGCAGAGCCAGGUUCAGACACAGCCUCAUCUUCCAGCACAGCCUCACACGCAGUCUCAGACACAAGCCCAGAGCCAGCCUCAGCUCCCCUCCAAGGCCAGUGCAAGAGUGGCACCCACCUCUGCUGAGCCCGUUGAGAAGCCCUGGGAGGCCAUUAAGCCAGUCCAGCCCUGCACAGAUUCUGCAAAGUACCACGAUGCGUACGCACCCAAACCUCCAGCUCCUCCUGUCCGAACCAUCGAGAGCAAACUGGCCACAGCAGCACUCAGCCAAAGUGAAGCCUCCUACCACAUCCUGGCUGAGGGCCCUGUGCCCAGCCACCUGGAGGAAGCUCUGCCUCAUCAUCCUCCUUCUCCUCGGAAAUCUUCCACACACCAGCCUGCCUACCUGUACCAUGCUAAAGGAGAGCCGGUCUUAAUUGAGCCUCCAGGAGCUGCGUACUACCACCAGAGGCCUGUCCCGCUGGGCCCACAGUCCAUACCACACCACUUCCGGCCAGACAGUGUCCCCCCACACCUCUCCUUUGUGUCCAAAUCUGAGCCUCAGAUACCUUACAGUGCCAGACUGGACAACAGAUACAGCACUUUAGGCCCCAGGUCCUACCACCACUCCAUGAAGUCCAGAGGAAACCCCCGCAGUGUUUACGUGUCUCCAGGGGCGGGGCAUCAGGGUUACAGCCAUGAUAGAAACCAAGGCUAUCCCACCAUCCGCAGAGUGCACUCACUCCACGUUCCUUCCACCAUCCGCUCAGUGCCCAUCCAGAGGACUGAAGUUCCUCCAGAUGAUGACAUGUUCUUCUACCAUCGGCCUGUGUACCAGUGCAAAGCCUACCAGCAGCCCACGCAGCAGUCCUCACAGGCCGACUACCACGUCACCCAGCUGCAGCCUUACUUUGAGAAUGGUCGGGUUCAGUAUCGCUACAGCCCGUACUCUGGUUCAAGCCCUCUGGAGGCGCCUUACUAUGACAUAGACCCUUACGGCACCAUCCGAGUCCGCCACUUCCACUCCCAUGGCGGCCGGGAUCCUGGAACAGCUGGAACAACAGGCCGAUCGGGUGGAAAGGCGACUGGGUACCACUACCUUGCUCGCCACGUCCUCCCACCUGGGAAGGAGCACAGCUUUGUGAGCAGGGACAUGCCCCCCAGUCAUGGGGCCAAGGAAGCUGCUGCGUACCUCGCUUGGGACCCCGAGGAGUCAGAAAGGCUCCACAUGCACUCCAUCCGCAGGGAGAGCAGGGCCCGACAGAAGAUUAAGGGCCCCGUCCUCUCUCAGUACGACAAUGUGGGCUUGUUUGCACCAGCAGAUAUAUCAGGUUAUGAAACCCUGCACCUGCGCAGCAAAUCUGACCCUGGCAAAGCUGUGCUGGUUGCAGCCGAGAGCAAAGACGGUCGCUACCUCCCCAGACACAUGGUGUCCAACUCUGACGUCCUCAUGUACAUGGAGACUGACAAACAUGUCCAGGGCAGCACGAUGGGAGACAGGUCAGACGGGCUCGCCAAGCAAAGCAAUUCCAAGAAAUACCAAUCCUCUCACUCGCUUCCAGCCUCUCUGAGCCACAGUCUGUCCCAUCAGCAGGAGAGCGGCCGACACGACGCCAAGUACGAGAGCGGAGACGACAAGCUGGGUGGAGACGGCAGCAGGUCCAAACACUGGCAACAGGAGUACCCCAACAAGAGGAACUUCACCCCACGCUACGAGUGCUCCGACUCUGACCACCACCAGAGUAAAGGGAAAACAUCCAGCAGCUACCACAGUACGGACGACCAGCCAGCGGCCCCCAGGGAACAAGUGGCCCGCUCCAAACCGGAGCGCUCACACAGCGUGCGAGAGCAGCAGCACUAUAGCGAGCAGGACAGAGACUACUCAUAUCAGAAACACAGCAGCAAAACUGUGCAGUCCCACUACGAUAACUUGGACGAUUAUCACCCAGUACCUCAACCUCAGGCCCCUGUCCAAAAACGUGGAGGCUCCUACCCGGCUCCAGGAUUCAGCCACAACAACAGAGCGUACUCCACAGCACUGGGCCAGGGAGCCUUUAUCCAGACUGACCUGGCACUCCAGAGGCCAGAGACAGAGAUCCGUACAGAAUGAAGCAUUUAGGAGGAAAACGUGUGGAAUAAUCUUUAGCUGUGUAGAAGAAAGACUCUGUUGAACUACGGUCGCAGCCUCUGCAGGACAGUGGACUGACGUAUCACCAAUAUUUUUGCUCCUCUGUAUUUUUAAUGAAUUGUAAAGAAAAUUGUAAGACUUUUUACAGGAUGUCCUGAAUGUACCUGAAAUUAUUGUCCAAGAGGUCAUAUUAUUGUGAUUGAUUGAGACAGUAGCCAGUCAUAAAUGUAUGUUAUAUGAUAAAUGUAAGGUACUUUUAACAGGGACACAAAAUGUAAAAAAAAAAAUAAAUCUCUCUAUAUAUAUGAAUAUAUAUAUGAAUAGAAACACUAGUAAAAAGGGAUUUUAGUUGUAUUUUGUUUUUUUAGGUGUGGCGCUGGGUAUGAGCAUCAACUGGGGUUACGGUUUGCAUUUUAGAAAUGCAUGCACUCUAUCUAUUACAGAACAGUUCUGUGUCCUUCACUAUCCAUUGCGUUCUUUCUGGAUGUUACAGCACAAGUUCUUGAUGGAGGAUGGAUGUAGGUCAUCGCAGCCUCUCUUGCUAAUAUGUACACAAGUCGGCGGGACGGUGUGUCCGCGUUUGUCUUGAAGAAUCUGACUGGGUGUGAGGUUUGACAAGGAGCUGCAGUGGGUUAUUUUGAGUUCAUAUAGUGAUGAUCAGUGUCUUAUUUUCUGUGUGACUGUGCCAUUUUUAUGUCUCUUUGCUACAAACAGAUUUCAUUAACUUCUAAUGGAAUGUUUUGGUACUUGUUUGUUCUUUGUUGGAAGAGGGACCAAACUUCUCGGCGCAGUUGUUGCACAUACGGGAUAAAGAGGGGAAGAUGGAUGAAUGCCUGUUGUACCUGCAGACGUGUAAGCAGAUGUGUAAGAGGUCAUUUUUAUUUCCCUUUUUUCAUCACAUUCACGGUACUUUUGUGAACUGGACUAACUGAAUAAAGCUUAAAACAGUGUCCUCUCUAACAACGUGGUAAAGAACAUGUUGCCGCUGCUUUGUGGAAAAAACAACUUGGUGACGAGCCUUAAAUUUUGUUCCAACAGAACAUUUUGUUUACUUUACCAUUGUCAUAAUGCACAAACAUUGUGAUAUUUAGAUUUGAGAUCACUUUUGAUGAUUCUUGACAGUUCAGGGUUGACAGCUGACCUACUGGGGUUAUUUCAUUUUUUAAUGCCUCACUGAUUUGGAAUUUAAAACAAUGAGGGAGGGAUUUUUUUUUUGUUGUUUUUUAAUAUGGGAGGCAUUUAUUUUCAGGCUGGAAAUCGAUGUAUAGUACAUCCAUCUGGUAUUAUACUACAUGCCCUUUUGGUUUACCAUGAUGUAUGGAUUACAAUAUGUUUCAGAUAUGUCUAAAUCCAGGUUGUACUCUGUAACUGUUUGACUUCUAUAUCGCUUGCAGGUUUUGCUCCUCUUGCCUUAUCGAAAACCUUUUCAGAUGGGGAAUAGAAGUAAGGCACUGUACUUGAAUGUGAAAACACUCUUGUCUCAAACUAGAGGUAUCUACAGUUAGAUAUGAAAUAAAUAAAACUGUUCAGGAAUAGCUAUACUCCAUGUCUUUUAAUAUGUGCAUCAUGUUACUAACACAUCUGAUUGGUUCAGUCUGACACAUAUGUGUGUUAUA